AUGAAGCUCCUGGCACUCCUUGUGUUGCUUGGUGUUUCCACUAUCCUAGUCUCUUGCCAUGACUCAGUUGAUGAAAACACUGGCUCUGAAACUCAGACAGAAGAUGGUGAUUCAACCAACAAAGAGAGUGAGAGCAGUGAUGAUACCAACAAUGAGGAGACAGGUGAUGACGACAAUAGCAAGGAUGAUACCUCUGAAGAGAAAGAAGGGGAAGACGAUAAAGACAAUAAAGAUGAAGACAAUGAAGAGAAGCCCAGACAAAAACACA